AUGAGCAUCUCCGUUGCACACUGCAUGCACAAACCUUAUCAUCUCUCUUGUGCUUCCACUGACAAAGUAAGCACGCUUCAGCGUCAUCAUUCACACCAACCCAUGCCUAUUGUUUAUAUGCCGCAGACUCCAACGCUUUCGAAGGAUCACCGUGGAAACAGAUUAACCAAGCCCCGUAUCCAACCCCUCAUUGAUCUCUUAAAGUUCUGCGAGGAAAGUGGAUCUAUUAAACAGGCAAAUUGCAUUCAUGGGCACGUUCUAAAAUCGGGUUUUGGCGACCGCGACUUGUUGGUGUUUUUGAAUCAUGCAGCUCACGUGUACUCUAAAUGUAAUGACUACGAUGCUGCUCGUAGGGUGUUUGAUGGAAUGUCCCACAGAAACGUGUUUUCUUGGACUGUCAUGAUUGUUGGGUCCAAUGAACAUGGUUACUACCAUGAUGGGGUGGAGCUGUUUUGCACCAUGUUGGACCAUGGCAUGUCCCCGGAUGGAUUUGCCUUCUCCGCUGUUUUGCAGUCCUGUGUGGGGUUGGAUUCGAUUGAGUUGGGUGAAACGGUGCAUGCCCAGGUUGUUGUAAGAGGUUUUCUGAUGCAUACAGUGGUUGGUACAUCUCUUCUUAACAUGUAUGCAAAGUUGGGAUAUAGUGAAAGUUCGAUUACGGUGUUCAACACCAUGACUGAGCUUAAUAUUGUCUCUUGGAAUGCAAUGAUUUCAGGGUUUACAUCUAACGGUUUACACCAGCAAGCAUUCGAUUGUUUUAUCAACAUGAUUGAAGGAGGGGUCACACCUAAUAACUUCACCUUAAUAAGUGUUUCCAAGGCAAGUGGGCAGUUAGGUGACAUUAAAAAGUGUCAUGAAGUUCAUAGGUAUGCUUCUAAAUGGGAAUUGGAUUGCAAUACCUUAGUUGGAACGGCUCUUAUUGAUAUGUACUCCAAGUGUGGGUCCAUGUCUAAUGCACGUGUUCUUUUCGAAUCAAAGUUUGCAAGUUGUCUGAUUAACCCGCCUUGGAAUGCAAUGAUAACAGGUUAUUCACAAGCUGGUUCUCACCUACAGGCUCUGGAAUUGUUCACAAGAAUGUGCCAAAAUGAUAUCAAGCCAGAUGUGUACACGUUCUGUUGUGUGUUCAACUCAAUUGCCGCUUUGAAAUGUCUGAAAUCAUUGAGGGAGACUCAUGGGAUGGCUUUGAAAUGUGGAUUUGAUGCAAUGCAGACUAGUGCAUCCAAUGCACUUGCCGAUGCAUAUGCCAAAUGCGAGUCGCUGGAAGCUGGAGAGAAAGUAUUUAAUAGGAUAGAAGAGAAAGAUAUAGUAUCUUGGACAACCAUGGUGACGGCAUAUUGUCAAUAUUUCCAGUGGGGAAAAGCCUUGGCCAUAUUCUCACAGAUGCGCAAUGAAGGCUUUGUACCCAACCAUUUUACCCUUUGUAGUGUGAUCACCGCAUGUGGUGGUCUUUGUCUACUAGAAUAUGGCCAGCAAAAUCACGGUCUGAUAUGCAAGGCCAGCUUGGAUACUGAAACAUGCAUAGAAAGUGCUCUAAUUGACAUGUACGCCAAAUGUGGCAAUCUAACAGGGGCAAAAAGGAUUUUUGAAAGGAUAUCUAACCCAGACACUGUUUCAUGGACUGCCAUAAUAUCCACCUAUGCUCAACACGGUCUUGUUGAAGAUGCCCUUCAACUCUUCAAAAAGAUGCAACACUCAGAUGCAAAGGUCAACGACAUUACAUUACUAUGCAUCCUUUUUGCCUGCAGCCACGGAGGAAUGGUGGAGGAAGGCCUGAAAAUUUUCCAUGAAAUGGAAGAGACCUACAACGUGGUACCCAAAAUGGAACAUUAUGCCUGUGUUGUUGAUAUCUUGGGUCGUGUUGGCCAGUUGGAUGAAGCAGUGGAAUUCAUAAACAGGAUGCCAAUAGAGCCAAAUGAAAUGAUUUGGCAAACCUUGUUAGGAGCAUGUAGGAUUCACGGAAAUGCCAAGUUGGGUGAGACUGCCGCUCAAAAUAUUAUAUCAUCAAGACCAGAACAACCUUCUACCUACGUUCUUCUGUCCAACACUUACAUAGAAUCAGGACAAUAUGAAGAUGGGGUUACUUUGAGAGACAUGAUGAAAGAACGAGGAAUUAAGAAGGAACCAGGAUAUAGUUGGAUUUCCGUAAGAGGUGAGGUUCACAAGUUUUACGCUGGAGAUCAACAACAUCCACAGAAAGACAAAAUCUACACCAUGUUAGAAGCGUUGUCGUCAAAUGUCAUUAAGAGCUAG